AUGUCAACCGACGUUCAAGCCUCCCACACACCCGUAUCAUUCACGAAGCAAGAGCUGGACUCUCUCCGCGUCCGCGGCAGCCCCCCAAAACACUCGUCACCAAGUAUUCUCAUGUCCGGCGGCGCCCUCUGGUCGCCACCUCCCACCACCUCGCCCCUCAGCCCCUCCAAGCGCUCGUCAACCUGGCACCCGACGUCCUUCCUGAAACGGCUCAAGUCACCGCCGCCCGCAGCGCUGACUACCCAAGCGGAGAGGAAAGACCGGAGAGUCCACGGGCGGUCGAACAGCUUCAGUGAGGGGCUGAAGAAGCUGCUGCCGAGUCAUCGGUCGGAGAAGGGCGGUACGCUGCGCGCGAAGAAGGGCGAUGGCGAGGAUGCAUCUGGACAGCAGGAUUUUCCCCGGGAUGUAGCUCGCGCGGGUCUAGCUGUGGGUGCGGGGGACCAGGUGCAGGAUAGGACGCAGCAGGCGGACGCGGAGAAAGCGAGGGGGCCAUUUCAGGCUCAUGUCUGGGUUUCCGGGACUGGAGACUUUCAGCGGGCAGGGAAACCCUUACCGGACGUGCCGCCGGCGGUGAGGGGGGAUGGGACGUCGGGAAGGAGAGAUAGAGGGGGGGAGGCGGAUUUGACUUUUGUGCAGAGGAUGUUCGAAGAUAAGAGGAAUAGGAGGCAGCAGAGGCGGAGCUUGAAGGAGAGUGGGGAUUAUUUGGGUGUCCAAGGCGCGAAUCCGAGGACGGGUUAUUGGGAUGUUAGUAGCGGGAGCGAGCCGUCUGAGAUGAGCGAUGAGACUAAACGGAAGCUUGAUGAAGAGGCGAGGAAAGUUGAAGAGCAGAAGAGACGGUAUGAUGAGGCUGAAGCUAAGCACAAAUGGGAGCUGGAACGGGUGUUGAGUCUGCGGGCGAAGAAAAGAAAGUAUGAGCAGAGGAUGAAGCAGCGGAGGCACGGGAAGUGGCAGUUGAGUGAUAAUGGAUGGAGCAGCGUUGCUGAGCCGGAAUUGAGUCCGAUUGUGCAGUCGGUGGUAGGAUCGCCAAAUGCUGACCUUGCUCCGGGCGAUCGUCUCUUCCCGAUGCCGACUGCUGAUGAUCCGACCCCUUAUAUUAGUGGGGCGCUGAUUCGGCCACAAGAUUAUUUUGGACACAGGGCUGCGUCUUCACUACUGAUGCAAGAUCGUCUGUCUAGUCGAUCUAGUGGGAGGACCUCGCUUGAACGUCAACAUCCUGUCCACCGGAAAGCAGUGGAUUCUCCGAGCCCGUAUGCCAAGCGACCCUCUGUUCCACGGCAGAAUACUAUACCUCGGAAAGAAGUUGGUUCUCCAAGUCGUCGAAAAAGCAACGAAUCUUCGAUCACGAUUGUCCAUAAUCCUGCCAUCUUGAUUCCUGUGAAGCAGAAGCCUGGGGAAGAGAAUGGCCUGGGUAUUCAGGGCGUCCAACAUCUUACACCGCAGCCUAUCGUACAUGUAAGCGGUCCACAGGAGAUUGGGAUCCAAGUACAGGAUGAAUCUCUGUCUACUCCAGCCUCGCAAGUGCCUGGAAGCGGCAGAAGGUCUUCUUUACAGUCCGUGGCAGAUAGCAAAACUAUUUCACGGCCUGGUCCUAUGCACAGGCCGGAAGGAAUAGGAAGUCCCUUGGCACCAGAGGCUACGAUGACGAAAUCACAUAGUGCUCCGGGUCUCCACAGAAGUCCACAGCAAGGGCCAUUAAAUUCGCAGCAAGCAAAUAGAAGUCCCAAGGCACCAGCCCUGGCGACCAAGAGAUAUCCGUCGCGCAGACUAAGCUCUUUUUUAGAGAAGGAAGCCCGAUGGGGGGAAUACGAAGACCCGCAAGAAAGAAAAGCUUCAGCGAUCCCAUUCCAGUCAGUCUCGACGAAACAGGUUCAAGUCCAACUCCCUUCGGCCGAAAGCCAGAGAAACGUCAGCCGACAAACCAAAGUUAUCACUUGCCUGAACGAACUACCACCGAUCAAGCUGAAGCCUCCGUACGCGGCCAGCAUCCCGUCGAGUUACCCGCCGAAGGAAUCUUACCCAGUGUGGAUGCCGCCCACGAUCCUCAAAACGGAACCAGACAGCCCACCAUUGUUCACCAACACUAUCAUCACUACCACUACUGGUAUCGAUCCGUAUCAGCACUUACCAGGUCAGACGGACGGUCCAGAGGACUUCAUGAAUGUAAGCCAGGGAGUCUCCGCUCCCCACCACAAACAACGUGGGAUGACUUUGGGGGUGGACUCCGCUCAAAGUACCAAGCCCAGGAAGCGGCAGAACGAGUCGCACCACACUCAUCCAGCAGACAUCGUCAUAUCAUCGGAACGCCACCUCGAGGAGACCAAGCAGCGGACCGCAAGGUUAUGUCAGAGGGUUUCUCCCGACGGCGAGCGAGUGGAGCUGAAGAACACACCCAUAUCCAUAUCUACGUCCCUGACGCCCGAGCGGGAGAGCCAAGCAGCGAGAAGCGCAGCCCGCAUGGCAUUCCAGCAUCGAAGACACAGUAUGGCAAAGGAGAAGGCGGAAGAUCCGGUGGGAGAGCAGCUCAGUCCGGCGAGGUCAAGAAAACAAAAGUCGGACGAGAAGAAAGGGGAGACCAUGACUGGAGCAUCCCCAUCCGGCAGAGGAGACACCGGAAAUCGUUCUGGGAACACGCGGAGUAGACUGGUGGUCGUCAGACGGGAGCCGAGCGUGAGCCCGACCCGAAAGCCGGAGGUUAUCCGACCAGAGCCGAGUGUGAGCCCGGCCCGAAAACCGGAGGUCAUCCGACCAGAGCCGAGCGUGAGCCCGGCCCGAGAGCCGGUACUAAUCGUCGGCACGCAGGAGAAGCAGGUCAUCUUGCCAACUGAGGCUGGAAAUUUGAAAGCAGAGAAUGCAGGGUCAAAGGGAACGGAUGAUGGGGAUGCUGUCGCUUUCGUGCUAGUCCAUCCAAGUGAGACUCAAACGUCGCCCGCCCCGUCGGGGUUGAAGAAGAAGCCGCUGCCGCUGCCAGUCGACCAGGUGAUGGCCGGCUUCUGGCAUAGCUGCUGGGUGUUUGUGGAGCCGGCCUUCAACGCGGAGAGUGCGGUGCGGAAGCGAUUUGAGCGGCAGGAGUUGACGGUGCAGGACUGGGUGCUGUUCGCGGCGGCAGGGGGGUUCGUGGGGGGCAGUUUUCUCGUGGUGGUAUUGGGUAUCCGGGUGCUGGGAGCGGUCACGGGGGCAGUGAUGGGGGUGGGGGGCUUGGUGCGGGUUUUGAUGGGGGUCUGA